AUGUUAAACUGGGUAAGAGGCAAAGUUUCGCUAAAUAAGCGUAGACUUCAGGAAGGCGAUUACGACUUGGAUCUAUCCUAUGUGGGUGAUAGUAUAAUCGCCAUGGGAUAUCCAGCUUCCGGUUUUGAAUCUCUUUAUCGAAAUGAUUUUUCCGUUGUCAGAAGAUUCCUCAACGAGAGACAUGGAGACAAGUACUGGGUAUAUAAUCUUUGCUCAGAACGAUCAUAUGAUAAAUCAGCUUUUGACGGUCGCGUGAAUUGUUACCCCUUUGAAGACCAUAAUCCACCAAAGUUUGACAUGAUUAGACAGUUUUGCAAUCAUGCCAAAGAAUUUCUGGAUAAAGACCCUUUGAACAUCGUUGUUGUUCAUUGUAAGGCCGGAAAAGGACGUACUGGCGUUAUGAUCGGCGCACUUUUAGUACACAUCAGAAGAUUUCCACAUGCUUCCGAGGCAUUGCAAUUUUAUGGAAGAAAACGAACCCAUGAUAAUAAAGGUGUGACCAUUCCUUCUCAGCGCAGAUAUGUCUUCUACUACGAACAAUUCCUCCAACUCGGCCUUCCUUUACAGGACCCAUUUGUCGCUUCUCCUGCCCGUGUUACAAAAGUUGUUUUCAAGAAUGUUCCAAAAAAAUUUUUCACAAGAUCUCUACAUAUCAUAUUCAAAUCAAUCCCUGGCGAUCCAAAAGUCGAGAUAAAUUCUAAUGAUCUUAAGAUUGUUCCUGAUAAAGAUCAUGAACACAAAACAUUAACUUUCGAUUUUGGCGACAAACUUCCUAUGUACUCGGGAGAUUUCCGUAUCGCCGCUGUCAAGGGCGGUACAAAUAUCUGGUACAUGUGGUUUAAUUCACAAUUCAUUCUUCCUGAAGAAGAAUUCACGAAGCCUGACAUCGACAAGAUUUUCAAGGAUAAGACAUUCCCAGAUGACUUUAUUAUGGCCGUUUAUUCUACAAAAUAA